AGUAGUUUUCUUUAAAAAUAUUUAAGUUUCGUUUACAUAUUUCAAUGAAAGAUAGUGAAAUAACAAAAUUCCUAGUAUCUUUUAAUGGUCGAAUAGAUUAUGUUCUAUUUCCAGGAGGCGUUUUCGAUGACCAAAUUUUUUUACAGUAUGACGUUGUUUGGGGACCGGAUUGGGAUCCAAUUUCCGGACUAAAUUCUGGGACUAGCCAAAUGGCAAUGUCCGGCAGAGAUCCAGAGAGAGUGGUUUUUAAUUUCCCCAUAGAAAUGGUAUUUAGCAGUACUAAUGUAUUUGGUUGGCCGCAAUUAAUAAUAACGGUGAAAGCUCGCAACACAUUCGGUGAAUCGUUACGAGGAUAUGCCGCGGUGCUGCUGCCGCCUACGAUCGGUGAGCGGGUCAUAUCAGCGCCACUGAUACGACCCCGGCCUGCCACACUGCUGGGGGAAUGGCUCGCCUGGCUGACUGGCAGAUAUCCUGAACUGUCCGACCCUAAGAUGUUGGCGGAUGGAAAGGAGAAUUAUUUAUUAAGAACAGAGUCCUAUGGCAGCGUCGUUGUAAAAAUGUCGAUGGUGUCGAAGGAUCUGCGAAAACUCGGCUACGACAACCAGCCUUCUGUCUGCAGAAAUAAUUGUAGAAAAUAA